UAUAUGUGUAUACAUAUAUAUAUAUGUACCUUGAAUAUUCCCAAUAUUGGUUUUAGAAAUUAAAAAUGAUAAAAGCUAUACUAGUAUUUAACAAUCAUGGGAAGCCUCGGUUAUCCAAAUUUUAUCAAUAUUUUGAUGAGAACCUUCAGCAACAAAUCAUUAAAGAGACGUUCCAAUUAGUUUCAAAGCGUGACGAUAACGUUUGCAAUUUUCUGGAAGGCGGCAGCUUGAUAGGCGGCUCAGAUUACAAGCUAAUAUACCGCCAUUAUGCAACACUGUACUUUGUAUUUUGUGUUGACUCCUCGGAGAGUGAGCUUGGUAUACUUGAUUUGAUACAAGUAUUCGUGGAAACCUUGGAUAAGUGUUUCGAAAAUGUGUGUGAACUGGAUUUAAUAUUUCAUGCUGAUGCCGUUCAUCAUAUUCUAUCAGAGCUGGUUAUGGGCGGAAUGGUACUGCAAACUAACAUGAACGAUAUAAUAACCAGGAUUGAAGACCAAAAUAGGUUGAUUAAACAGGAAUCAGGAAUAUCUGCAGCACCAGCUCGUGCUGUAAGCGUUGUAAAAAGCAUGAACAUUCCACAACAAAUUAAGGACAUGAAACUGCCAGACUUACCACAGGCUAUAAAGGACCUAAAAUUUUGAUAUGAUUAAUAAACACAUAUGGUCCGAUCUCCGCUACAACUGUUGUUAUCAAAUAGGUAAUUUUAAGUACUAAAGCUAGUAUCUAAAUUUAAUAUUGUACAUGUAAAAUUGAGUAAAACACUAACUUUUUAAAAUGUUUAAAUUUUAAUAUUUAACAUAUUUAUGUAUUGUUAUUCCAUUUAAAUUAAUGUUAAUGAAUGGCCUUGAUGAAUGUUAAUAUAUCCAGCCUUGGAUAUAGUAGACUUAUGGAACAUAAAACGCCUUGAUGUCGAGCCAGUUGGGGUGCGAGUGUGAAUUGAUGCUACCAGCUACCAGACCAGCCCAAUCGACUUUUUGACGUCGUUUCCAUUAUUUAAGAAAUGAAACACAAUUUUCCAUUUCGUAGUCUUCGAUAAAUUUUGCAAAUUAAAUUUAAAAUACUAAUUCAGUCAUAACCGC